AUGGCACAGUCAAAUCCAAGCCACGCUCUCAAGACCUCUCUUCCUGAGACAUAUGCCGCCGUCAAUGCCCAGCAACCCCCACCUUCAUACCUAUAUCCUACACAAGAAGAGCAAGACAAAUACCUAGAAGGUAGGCCCGGUGCAACUCAGCAGCACCUCGAAGUCGCUCUGGAACACGCGCAGCAGAUUCAGACCCAAAAAGACGCCGAAGAUAUCAUCCUAAACCGCAUUCUUGAGCUCCUCGAGCUCCCUUCCUCCCCGACAGCCGACCCUGCCGCACCGUCUCAAGAAGAUACCAUAAAAUUCAAAUAUGCGCUAGCUCCAUUCCGCCCCAGCGACUACGACAAUCUGAUAUUGGAGCGAAACUUCGAAGACUCGUGCGGGUACACUUUAUGUCCUCGCAAGAAGCGGGCCAGGGGGCGCGGACGCAGCGUCGAUAUCGUUUCCGAGGAUCGCGUCGAAAAGUGGUGCUCAGAUGCAUGCGCCGAGCGUGCUCUUUGGAUCCGGGUGCAGCUUUCCGAGAAGCCUGUGUGGGAACGACGGGCCGGUGACACAAGGGGCACGAGUAUUCUACUGCUCGAGGAAGCUCGAGCCAAGCGCUUGAAGGCACCAGCGGCUACUAGCAGUGUAUCCUCCGUUGUGGAUGAUUUGCAGAGCAUGGGACUUGGGAAUCGCGAUCGGUCCCGGGAGCUUGCCUUGGAACGUGGUGAUACCAGCACGAUUCGUCCGGAUGGACGUGUUAACGUCAAUAUCAGAGAGAAUCAACGUGGUUCUCAACAGGUUCCUGGCGCUCCACAAAUGCGCCCAGAGGAUGCAAAUGGCGGUUCCAUUGAAGGAUACGUGCCUAGGGAGCAUCGAAGCGUGGAUCAAGAUGGAGACAUUGAUUUGCUCGAUCAGAUCUGA